UAUUAUUUUAAUAAAUGAUUUGAACUGUUUUACUUGAUAGCCACCUUUAUUUUGCACAUCAAAGUUGAUAACCUGAAAGACUUGUCGGACAUCGGUACCACGAGCCAAGGGCCAGUAAUUAUGUCUCUUGUGCUCUGGUCCAUUUGUCUGUGAGCCGCUUACACUAUGUGGUCACAGAUCACAGUUCUUUUUAUGAGCCACAAAGAAAUUGUUGACAAUUUGACUGAUCAUAUACCCCGCUAAUUUGAAGCAGGAAUUAUUGAAAAUUUAACCCAUAAUUUAAAAUGUUUUCAAAUUUAUUAGCUGAAUAAUAUAAAAUCUUGUAAAAUAUCUAGUCCAGUUCAUCUCCUUUAAUCUUUUUUUUAGCACAUCAUCUCCUUUAAUCAUUUGUAUUUUAAAUGACCUUUAAAUGGCUAAGCACAAAUAGGUCUUGUGUUCUGGUCCAUGUCUCUGUGAGCCGGUUAGAAUGUGGUCACAGAUUCUUUAUUUUUUGUGUCAGCCACAAAGAAGUUGUUGAAAGAUUGAUUAUGGACCCGCUAAUUUGAAGCGGUGAUUCGAUUGAGAGCUUAUGGCUCGACUAGCGAUAAAUCUUAGGAGGGCCACUCGGCCCACUCCACCAUGCAAGGACUGGUAGAGAAAAUAAAUAAUUCCGUUUGAGAAGGAAAACUAUUGUUUAUAGAAAGAAGCAAUUGAUUAUAGAGAAGCAAAUUUUAUUUAUAAAAGAAAUCAUUUCACGUUUAGAUGUGAAUAACAAUUAUUUUUUUUUUCAAAAAAAAGGAAUAACAAUGAUUUUGAUACAUGUUCUUAUAAAUAGUUAAUUACAUAAAUUUCACGUUCGAUAACACAGUUUUAAAAGUUUUUGAAAAAUAUUAGUUGAAUAACAAGAGAUUUUAUAAACAAAAACAAAAUCUUGUAAAAUCUCUAGUCAAGGUAAUCUUCUUUUAAUCAUUUGUGUUUUAAAUGACCUAGAAAUGGCUAAGCUCAAAUAGCUGGAGAGUUUUAAAACUCUAAAAACUCUAAACAAAGACCAAACGAAACAACGAAGCUCUCUCUCCCUCGAAGAAGUCAGCGAUCACGGAAACGCGGAGUUGCUUUCUUAAUAUAAAAGUUAAAUCAAGAAACAAGUAUUCUGAAAACUAAUAUAUAUAAUUUGAUCGGUUCUUUGUUGUAAGAUAUUCGUCGCAAACAUAUUCAAUCACUAGUCUAACAAUCUUCUUCGUUCUCGAUCAGAUGGGAUCUAGAGUCCUCCCUGACUGGACAGAGUUGACUCCGGAAUGUCUCCUCGACAUCUUCUCACGUCUGAGCAUUGGUCAACUAUGGAACGGACCCAUGCUGGUCUGCAAAACAUGGACGAAGCUAUGCCACGACCCAUCCCUAAACAUUACCUUGGACUUGGAAGCUGAGUUUCUAUCUUCCGAAGAUUCAAACCACUGGUGGAGUCCUGAAUUUGAGGAAAAAGUUGACUCAACCAUCCGGUCUGUUGUCGACCGGAGCAAAGGCGGUCUCAAGGAGAUUCGAGUCAGGCAUUGUACAGAUCAAUCUCUCUCCUACGUCGCCGAAAGGUGUCCUAAUCUUGAAGUACUUGGGGUUACAUAUAGCCCCAAGAUUACUGUUGAGUCUAUGAGGAAGAUAGCAUCAAACUGCACGAAGCUUAUAGAGCUUGAUAUAAGCUGCUCUUAUGAAAUAUCUGGUUAUUGUAUCGAACUAGUUGGUACGAGUUGCAAGAAUAUUCAUAUUCUGAAACGCAAUUUGAUGCGGCCUUUGGAGAUCACGAGGUUGAAGCGGCAAUGCAUAUAUGUGCAGGGUCUAAGUUUCGAAACUUUAGGGAAUGCUGAUGCACAAAGUAUUCUUAAAUACAUGAGUCAGUUACUUGACUAGCGAUUGUAUUACAACAAGUACCUCAACGUUAAGGAAUUUGAAAGAGAUCAAGCUAGGAUAACCAAAUCCUCCAACCUUGCGACCAAGGAGACGCAUGUAGAUUGUAUUUAAAGUGUCAGUUUCUUUUAAUUUGCUUUUCUGAUUUUAAUUUGUAAGAAAAUAUUUGUUAUAUAUGUUGGUUUGUAUAAGGUAUCAUCACAAGUUAAAACCACUGGGAUUUUACAAUAGUGUACAUUUAGAUUUUAAAUAUGCAACGCCGUUUACCGAAACCAAAAUAUUGUCUCUUGUGUAAUUUACUAAUUUAGUGCUGCAAAACUAAUCAGACUAAUCAGUUGAUAAUGGCCACCAAUAAAAACAAAUAAUCGAAAAUAAUGAGUUUUGCAGGAAUAAUUGCAGAAGUGCCGCCAACAUGUAUACUACUUUGUGUCGUUUUUAAUAAAUAGAACAGGUUUCAUAUAACAAACUAAUCGAAAUAACGAAGCUGUCUGAAUAUCAUGUUAGGUAACUUGAGACGCAAGAACUCCAACAGCUAGCUAAUUUCCUGAGAUUUAACUAUCUUCUUCGUUUGUCACUGACAAAGUCCAGGGCAUUGACCUAAACCAGAUCUGGUAAACAAAUGAUCGACGAAGCAACAAAGAAGGAAAUGCUUGGUAAUGGUCCUAAAGGAAACGAUGAUCUACAUGGCGGAACGAAGUUGCCGAUUUCUCUCUUCAUAUGUUUCUUCUUUACCAAGUAACAUGUUUAGAGGUAUAAGAUUCAUUCUCGAAUUUUUUUUAAAUAAAGAUGGAUGUAAAGUAUCCACACGCAUGUAAGAAAAUUCUAUGUUCAAUAAUACAAUGUAAUUUACAAAUAAUUUUCUAGUUUAAAAAUCAUUGUUGAAUAAAAAGAGAUUUUAAAAUGAAAUCAAAAUCUUCUAAAAUCUCUAAUCCAAUAAUUGUUUAUUGUUUAAAAUGGCCUAGAAAUGGCUGACCUCUAAUAGAAAAGUCUGACCAAAGACUUUUUCCAUACCGAAACGAGGAAGCUCUCUCUCUCUCUCUAAAUUCAAUGAACAUAAUAUAUGAUUGACUGUUCUACUACACGCAUCAAAAUAAUUUCAUCUGUUCUUAACAUUUGCUUAAUGGGACUAUUUAUCUUAACAUAUCUUCUUCUUUCUUCUUUGUUGUAAGGUAUCCGUCACAACCAUAUGCAAUCACUUGGAUCUCACAAUUUUAUUUUUUCAGUACAUUCUUCUUCAUUCCAGAUCAGAUGGGAUCUAGAGUCCACCCUGACUGGACAGAGUUGCCUCCGGAAUGUCUCCUCGGCAUCUUCUCACGUCUGAGCAUGGGACAACGACGGAACGGACAAAUGCUGGUCUGCAAAACGUGGAAAAACCUAUGCCAAGACCCGUCCCUCAACACUAUCUUGGACCUCAAAGCUGAGUUUCUAUCUUCCGCAGAUUCCAUCUACUGGUGGAGUCCAGAGUCCGAGGAAAAAGUUAACUCAACCAUCCGGUCUGUUGUCGAUCAGAGCGAAGGCGGUCUCAAGGAGAUUCGAGUCAGGCAUUGUACGGAUCAAUCUCUCUUUUUCGACAACAGACCGGAUGGUUGAGUUAACUUUUUCCUAGUUGCACCGCCUUCACACGUUCUCCUCCACUUGAGACGCAAUAAUCUAACAACUAUCUUCUUCUUCUUCUUAGUUGUUGGGCGUACAAGAGGCUACCAUAGUUACUUGAUGUUGGAUGUUUUUGUGAUUUGUUUUUAGUGUCAACAACUGUGGAAAAUAAAUUCAAUAACAAAAAUUUUAAACUCAAUUAGUGCUCACAUUUUAAACUCGUAAGAAAACAAUUAUUUAACAUAUAGUUUCUUCGUCAACGUUACAAAAACAAAGCAGAAGAUGGUUGCAACUCAUAAAAGAGAAGGUGUAGCAACGAGCCGCUCUGCCCUAUGUUAAGCCAGUUUUCACAAGCAAGUUCAUCAUGGUAAAAGCCAGAGCAAAGCAGCUUCUUUAUAAGUGAUCCUGCUCUCCUUUUAUCUCCUACGUCAUACAACCUGUAAACCAACGUUUUGCAAUACUCAAAUGGCAGUAAGUGACCACAACGAAUCAUAUCUUCCACAAUCUUCACAGCUUCUCCAUACUCUUGAAGCAUGCAGCAACGGUUAACAAGGGUAAUAAAAAUACUAUCACUUGGAACUAUUCCUUCUUUAAGCAUUUGAUCCAACACCCUCUCCGCCAUUUCAAGAUUCCUAACUUCACAGAUCUCUAAUAUGAGCUUCUCAUAGCAUUGUGCACACCCAUGAUCUACCAUCUCAUUGAAAACAUGAAAAGCAGCUUCCACAUGGUGUCUUCUACAAUGACCAAGAACCAAAGAUGUAAACGUGACAAGAUCAGGAGCCAAGCCAGCUUGAAUCAUCUUACAGAGAUACUGUCUCGACUCAACCACAUAUCCACGCUUACAAUAUGACUCAAUCAUGAGAUUGGGUGUGUAAGUACCCCGAGAAGAGACCAUACCUUUCUCCAAAAUUUCUGUAUAAACUUUCUUCAUCUCAACGACCACAUCAUAUUUUGCCAAUAAAUCCAACAAUGCGUGGCAGUAUUUGGGGGUAAGCUGAGACUUAAACCUCCUAUAGAAAUCAGCAACUAACAUAGAUUCUUGCACCGAACGGCACAUCUUUGUCAUGGAUAUGAAGAUCCUAGGGACGUGACACGAGAUUCCAUGUGAUGUCAAAACAUGGAGGACAGCUGCAUGGCAGGACACAGUAUCUUUAAAGUUGGGAUUAAGACUGAGCGAGGAAAGUGAGGAUACAUCGACAGACGUAGCAUACUGUAGGAAUGAUACCAGGGAAGGAUUGUUCUGCCACCUAAACUCGGAGAAAAUGGAACGUAAUGAGAUUGGUAUAGUAACGGGUUUGACGUGUGGAGAGAUCUUAUGGGACGGCUUUGGUGACAAAUUAAUAUUCUUCUGCCUAUAAAAUUCGGAGAGAGCGGAGAGCAACCUCUCACAUGUUGCACUUUUCACCGAUGUGCUGAAGAACUGUCGACGGAGCGCCAUGUGCACCGGGAAUCUCAUCGUCUGGUGGUUCCAGCUGCACUAGCUAGGGCAUUCGAGUCAUACUUGUGUAAAGAGCUAAAAAAACCCUACUUUAUUCAUUAAUUAAUUUUUAUUUUGUUGGCAAUAAAAUUUCAUUAGAACAAAAAGAAACUGGAUAAUUGAUAUUUUUGUACAAAAAAAAAGGAUUAAUUCGUAGUCUUAGAAGGAAUUUUUUUUGUUUUAAAAUAAAAAUAGUUUUAUUAUUUUAAUGCAAUUUUGUAUUUAUUAAGUAUUGUAUGGCCGAUUAAAUUAUAUAAUUUUUUAUAAUAAUUAUUUAAAAUCAUAUUAUUAAAUGAUUUUUUUUUUAAAAGUACCUUUAAAGUAUUCCAAUUUGAAGGGAGCUCAUGUUCAAGAACCGAAUCACGGCUUCUAGGUACCAGAAUCCAACUGAAGCAAGUGCUAGACUGAGGCUCUAGCUCUCUCUAGUUUGACAAUAGCCCUCCUGUGGGAUCUCCGAUUUGUCCACUGAAACAAACGACAAGCAAGAUUAAUCGUGUUUUUUAUCGUUGCUCCAUCUUUUGGUCAUUGAAUGCCAUCUUCUUUAAUUCUUUUUCCGGCUGGGUUGUUCCACAAGUAUGACCUAAUACGACUGGGCCAUUUCAUGUGGUCUCCAAUUAGUUUCUCAAAUUUUGGCUACUUUCUUACCUAUAUUCUACUGGGAAGAGAAUCCUUCCUGCUCUUUGCUUCUAUUUCCCCUUCUACCACUUCGGCUUUAGUCGCUAAAUGGGUCUAGAAGUCAUCUACGUUUACCUUUAUUUGGGUUAGUUCUUGAUAUAAGUUUCACUAUUAUGUGAUUUUCUGAAGGGACUUGUAUUGUUACUGUUACAACUAUAAAAAAAACUCCAACCCUUAUUAAUUAAUAUUAAUAGUAAAUAUUUCUCAAAAAAGUUCAUUCAUUAAUUAAAAUGUAAAUUACAAAUUCUUUUAAAAAUUAGUUUGAGGGUUACAACUGCAAUAACACUUUCUCGAUUUUGCAAAAUAAGUUAAUUAUUAAUUAUUAUAGAUUUUGGUCAAUAAGUUAAUUAUUAAAAUGUAAAUUACAAAUUCUUUUAAAAUGUAUUAAUUAUUAUAGAUUUUGGUCAAAAUAUCAUUAUUUUUAAUGAUUUUUUUGUUAUUACGAAGAUCUUUGAAGUUGAUUAUCUUCCAACCUUCUAAAUUUACCUAGACAAAAUUGCCUUUGACAUUAAAUUGUAUUUUCACCAAAGAUUGUUAUCUUUCCACUCAUUAAAUCUUCCGUUUCUCUUGGAAUAUCUACAUCAUGAUUUCAUUUUCCUUGACAUUGCGUCAAACGACCAAAUCUACGAGAAGAAAAGAACAAAACCAAACUAGUGUUUGCCAUAGAAGAUACCAAAUUAGAAGAGUAAGAGUUUACAUAUGAAAAAAAAGAUUCAACACAAUAGAAAAAGUUUACGAUGAGAAAAAGAUUUUAUAACUCUUGUCCAAUAAACUGUUAUUUACCAUUUCUCUGGCAAUCUUUGCAAUCGAAGCAUCUGAAAAAAAAAAACUCUUCAUCUCUUACUAUGCAAUCAGUUGAUAAUGAUGUUUAUCUCAUUGGCAAACAAUUACCUCCAAUGAUCUUAUUAAAAUCUCUAUUACUUGGAACGGCCUGAGACUCAAUCACUCUUUAAACAAAGUGAUGUCAUUAUCAACUCUCAAAUCAAAUAGAUCAUGUUGCAACUGUUCUCGAUACAGUUUUGUUUAUAUUUAUGUACUAUUUUGUCACAAACACUUGUUUAAUGUUAUUUUGAAACUAUUUUUCUAUUUUCUGAGUUAUUAGAUAUUUUGCCAAACAAAAUUAUUAAUCAUACUUGUGAAAGGUCAGAAAAUGAAUGAUAUAUUGCAUUAAAUUUAAUCUUUCCCAGUUUAAUCUGUGGAUUGAGCACUAACUUUUUUUGGUAUUUUCUACUUUUAUACAAACAUUCUGUUAUUCGUUUUUUUAAGAUAAAUUCAUUCACAUUUCAUGAUAUAUGUUGAAAUUCUUUUUUUUUUCAUGACACAUAUCUUAUUAUAUAAAGCUUGGGUUUUUCAAAAUUGCUAAUUAACAUGAUCGCGACACAUGACAAUUAUAUAUUUUAAGAUUGUGACAUGUGUUAAUCAAUCUCAUAAUUACAAAUAUAUAUACUAAGAUAUUAACAAAAAUGAAUUUUAUUAAAAGUAAUUCUAAAUAUUAUUUAAUAGUAACUUUCCUUUUGUAAAAUCUUAAUCAAAAGAUAAUUGCAAAAUAUUAUUUGAUAGUAAUUUUCUUUCUAAAUAUUGGGACAUGUGUUUAAAUAUAUAAUGUUAAAAAUAUAUAAUAAGAUAAUUAAAACGAAUUAAAUAAACUACUUUUAAAAAUUAUUUAAACACAUGUAUAUAAACUACUUUUAAAAAUAAUCUUUAAAAAAUAUUUAGUAGUAAUGCUUUUGGAAAUUUUCAUUUUUCAAAAUCCUGAAAAAAAGAUUUGAAAGUAAUUUAUUUAAUAUAAUUUUCUUUUUCUAAACUUUAAUGGAAAUAUAAUUAUAAAAGAUUAUAUUGAGCUUGGUUCUUCAAAAUUGCUAAUUAACAUGAUUGUGACACAUGUUAUUUAUAUAUUUAAAAAUGUGAUAUGUGUUAACCUAUCUCAUAAUCAAAAAUAUAUACACUAAAAUAAGAAAAUAAUAUUUCUUAAUAGUAAUUAUCCUUUUUUAAAUCCUAAUCAUAAGAUGUUAAACACAUUUUAAAAGUGGCUUCUUUUUAUUAAACACAUUUCAAAUUUUAAAUUUUUUUUAUUGACACAUGUUGCAAUCAUAUCAAGUGAAAUAUUGAAGUUAUUAUUAGUUUAUAAUUUUAAACAAAACAAUAUCUAUGAAUAUUUCUUCCUAAUAAUAAAAAGGAUUUUCCUUCAAAAUUAAUUAUAUAUAUUAGUUAAUAGUCUUAUUAUUAUUAUUAUUUUUAUUAUAAUGUUUGUUUUAAAAGAUACUAAAGAUAUAGAAUUAUAAAAAAUAAAUAUUAACUUUUAAGAAACAAAUGCUAGAAAAAAACAAAUUGUAAAAUCCUAGAAGUAUAAUAAAUUAUUUAAUAAAAGCAUGAAGAAAAACUAACUUUAAAAUAAAUGAUAUUAGCUUUUUAAAGCAUAAUUAAAAGAAAAUAGUAAAAGUACUCUUAUUAUUUUCGUAUAAGUAACUAACUUUCUUUUUUAAUAAAUAAUUGUAUAUUAAAAAAUUAUGACCACAUAUAUAUAUUAAUUGUAUAUUAUUUAUUUCACAUAUAUAUUUAGGUUAAGCUUCGACAUAUUAUUUUUACAAUACACAAUAGUAUUUACAAAAAAGUAUUACCUGAAUAUUUUCUUUUAAUUUCUUGAUACAAUUCAUUUUUUUAUUAUCCUUAUUACAUCUUAUGAUGAUAACAUCUAUAUUAUUAAAACUGAAGUACUUUUCAGUACUGUUUGGAAACUUAGAUAGUAGAUUAAAUGAAAGUUGUUUGGAAACAACGAUAGCAGAUUAAAUAUUUUUUUUUAUUUACAUAUUUAGUCACUGUAUUUCUUUCUCAUUUACCGAUUAUGUCGUUUGAAAACUUGGAUAGCAGAUUAAAUGAGAAUUGUUUGGAAACACGGAUAGCAGAUUAAAUAUUUCUUUUUAUUUACACAUUUAGCCAUUGCAUUUCUUUCUUAUUUACAAAUCUUCCACUUCACUUAAAAUAAAAAAAAUUAAAUUAAUUACAAUGAAUUGUUGUUAUUUUUU